AUGGCCAAAAGUGCAGAAGCGCUUGCUCGAGAGGUCAAGAUCAAGUACCGUUCAUCCUCCAACCUAGUUCUACGAAGAGGAAUUCUCUUCUACAAUGAGGAUAUGCAGACCGUCGAGAUCGAGUGCUCCACCAGAACGGAAGAUGAGCAAACUGCGUCGACCAUGGUCAAGCUCAGCGGUGUGAAUACCGUAAAGGCCAUGGACUACAUUGAGGGCACACGGGUGAACUGUGUCCUGAUUCUGCGGCUCAAGCCGGAUACUUCAGAGGACGCGCUGUGCAACAACCCGUCGCCGCCGCAGGAGGAAGAAGUGAUUCUCCAGUUUGCCCGCGUGGAGGAUCGAGACAACUGGGAUACUGGACUGAGGUUCCUCAUCAAUGCCUUAGAAGUGACUGUUGCUAAAGACCAGGUUGAUGUCCCAACGCGAGGCUUCAGCAGGAUCAAGAAGGUGAGGCUAGAGGAGCCUAGGGCCGGCGUUCUGGUGGCCGGCCGCUUCGAGCUUGCGAAUGGCGAGGAAGCGAUGUUGGAGGUCACGGAGGAGAUGGCUGACGCGAAGAACCUGAACAGCUUCAUCGUUGAGUGGGUGCAGCAGAAGUGUGUACAGCCAAGCGAAACCACAUCACUCUACCGCUUGGUCAAGUCGCUGGUGCAUCGAGUGACUCUUGAUUCCAAGACUGCUGAUAUCAUCAAGCGAAUCAACGACUGCCACUUCGACAGGAUGCUGCAGGCCCAGGGAAAGGGCACGGACCAGGGCCAUUUGGUGCUCGAGCUGACCAAGGCACAUCUGCGGGAGAUCGAUCACGAAAUCCCCAAAAUCAUUGGGCAGCAAGGGCCUGAUGGGGAAAGGAGGUGCGAAGGCCGGAGAGAUUUGGCUGCCAAGUCUGAGAAGCUCCUGCAGUGUGGCAUUUUGAAGUCGUGGCUGGCGAGCAGCUGUCUUCCAGCUGAGGAGGGCAGCACCCGUGAAGAGUCAAUUCUGGCAGAAGAAGGUCUGCCUGCCCAAGUGCGGAAGAAGAUGUCCGAAGCUGAAAGUGCGGCGGAAGAGAGCGGCAAGGAGGCGCUCUACUUGGACCAAGUUCCUAAGACGGUGACACCUGUCGAGGUGAAGGAGAAGGGCCUCCUCUAUUUCCGCAAGCCCGAUAACAGCUUGCGACAUCUUGCGACGGCCUGGCUGGAGGUCCGGCAAACGGUGGUGAAGAGGCGGACGAUGGGUGUGGGUCGAAGAGACUCCAAGAAGACCAGCGCCAAGCGGAGGGCAGCACCCGUGAAGAGUCAAUUCUGGCAGAAGAAGGUGGAGAGUGAGGGCAGGAAGGAGCUGGGCGACUCGGCCCAUCCUGGAGUCAUCUUUCGAUACAACAUCAAACAAGGUUGGGGCUUCAUCAAGCCGGACAACAUGUCAGGUCUGCCUGCCCAAGUGCGGAAGAAGAUGUCCGAAGCUGAAAGUGCGGCGGAAGAGAGCGGCAAGGAGGCGCUCUACUUGGACCAAGUUCCUAAGACGGUGACACCUGUCGAGGUGAAGGAGAAGGGCCUCCUCUAUUUCCGCAAGCCCGAUAACAGCUUGCAACAUCUUGCGACGGCCUGGCUGGAGGUCCGGCAAACGGUGGUGAAGAGGCGGACGAUGGGUGUGGGUCGAAGAGACUCCAAGAAGACCAGCGCCAAGCGGAGGGCAGCACCCGUGAAGAGUCAAUUCUGGCAGAAGAAGGUGGAGAGUGAGGGCAGGAAGGAGCUGGGCGACUCGGCCCAUCCUGGAGUCAUCUUUCGAUACAACAUCAAACAAGGCUACUUGUCGGAACGGAGAAGCACCGAUACGUGUCUGCCUGCCCAAGUGCGGAAGAAGAUGUCCGAAGCUGAAAGUGCGGCGGAAGAGAGCGGCAAGGAGGUGAAGGAGAAGGGCCUCCUCUAUUUCCGCAAGCCCGAUGUCAACCAUACAGAUGGCUUCAAGCUUUCCACUGAAGUGCCUGUGACAUUCCGCGUGUAUGUCGAUGACAAGGGAGCUGGUGCCAUGGAUGUCUCUAUGGCAUGA